UACAUAUAACAUAGUUCACAAAAAUGUGAUAGGCGUGAUAGGUAACAUUGAAAGUAUCAUGGUUAACCAAGUUGAAAAUGGCGCACCAGUCUUAUCGGUAGAUUGUUACAAGGUCAUCUCUACUAUUUGUCGAACUAAUGCUAAAAUUUCCAUUAUAAGUCUGAAAGUCUCUUAAACCGUAACCUAUAUUCAAUUUUUCGGAAGAAAUUACACGUCAACAUCGUGUUACCGGGACGCACCAAAAAUGUGACCUCACCGGCAAAUUAAAGCAUUUGUCAAACAGAGUCAGUGCGUUAAUGUGUAUUUAGUAGCAUUUUACUUGAAAGUAAGGUGUAAUGCACCCUGCAUUUAUGGUGUAAUGGAAAAUCAUUCUGUUCGUAUAAAUUACACGCUGACACCCCACGAUAGCGAACAACCAUUAAUACAUGACAACCAGGCUAUACAAUUUAGGGAGAACAAUACAAAAUCGGAGGAAAUAAUUAUCCAUCAAAAUAAGGCGAAAAGUGGUUUGUUCAACCCGAGGGCUAUGCUAUUUGUAGCAUUAUGGUUCCUCUUCAGUGGUUGUACAUUAUUCUUGAACAAAUACAUAUUGUCUUACAUGGAAGGCAACCCCACAAUUUUGGGUGCCUGUCAAAUGUUAAUGACAGCAGUUUGUGGAUUUAUACAAAUGUAUUUUCCAUGUGGAAUGUAUAGAGCUAGAUCAAGAUUGACAAGACCAGCAGGUUUUUAUAAACACAUGAUACUAGUAGGAUGUACAAGAUUUACGACAGUAGUACUAGGAUUAGUAUCACUCAAUUAUGUAGCAGUGAGUUUCACAGAAACUAUUAAAAGUAGUGCACCAAUUUUUACCGUCCUUAUUAGCAGAUAUUUAUUAGGAGAACAUACAGGGUUAUAUGUAAAUUUAUCUUUAAUUCCUGUAAUGGGCGGUUUGGCCCUGUGUUCAGUAAAUGAAAUCAGUUUCGAUUUCAGAGGGUUUGUAGCUGUUAUGGCCACAAAUGUAACAGAAUGUUUGCAAAAUGUUUAUUCCAAAAUGUUAAUCAGUGGCAAUAAUUUUAGGUACACACCUGCAGAGUUGCAAUUUUAUACCAGUCUAGCAUCGAUUGUGGUGCAAGUACCAGUGUCAAUUUUACUGGUCGACUUACCGACCCUUGAGCAUUCCUUAAGUUUUAAAUUGUUCACAGCAUAUCUUCUUAAUGGAGUGUUCUUCCAUUUUCAAAGUAUCACCGCGUACGCAUUGAUGGACUAUGUCAGUCCCGUGACGCACAGCGUGGUCAAUACAGCAAAGAGAGCUUCAUUAAUUUGGGUGUCUGUAUUGUUAUUUAACAAUCCGGUAACUGGUUUAUCGGCUAUGGGAACAUGUUUGGUAAUAGCGGGAGUAUUACUAUACAGUCGGGCACAAGAAUACGAUAGACUAAACAAAGCAAAAUUACGACAUAGUUAAAAAAAAUUGAUC